AUGUCUUCCCGACCGGUGCUCAAGCUGACCUUCAGCAAGCCAAAGGUCGAUCAAGUUGCUAAUUCUUCUUCUUCUUCUCCUCCUCCCUCUAAUCCAACUACGCCUGGAGGCUCGUCACUUCCUAAACUCAAAUUCAAAAUUGGCCCAAAACCAAUCGCUGAAGAAUCCGUCGCCGCCCAAGCUUCCGCUUCCAAAUCGGCCAAAAAAUCCAAGGCCUCCCGCCCCAAGACCUCUCAGGAUACUCCACGAGCAGGUACAUCAAAGAAACGAGGAAGAGAAGCUUCCAGUAAUGAUGCGGACAUCGGCACGACGGCUAAAGGGUCGGCGACUAAAGCUUCAAAGCAACCAGCUGUAAAGCGCAUAAAGCUCAGUACCAGGCCACCGCCAUCCAUCCGUUUGCGAAGCAAGGGAGAACCGCCUGUGAGACCAAAAGGUGUGGGCUAUGAUUCUGAAGCUUCAGACACGGAAAGGGACCCCGCUCUGGAAGAGCAGUUCAUCCUCCGUAUGCUACCUGGAGAGGAUUGUGAUUACCUCCGCCAGGCCGUGAUGGAGAAACGCUUUGGGCCUCGUAGCCAGGGUGGCGCCGAUAUUAGCUUCAAGUCACUGACAAGGGACGGACGGCGCGCUGUUCUCAACAUUCGCGGACACAUAUAUGCAGCAUCCCUCGUCGACCUACCUUGUAUCAUCGAGGGAAUGAAGAGCUGGGACAAGCGGGGCUGGUAUAAAUCCGCAGACAUCUGCCAGAUGCUUCUAGUCCUUGGUCGUGUGAACUCGGAUGAUGAAGCACGUACCUACCCCCUGCCCAGGGACGUCGACGAGUCCACUUUCCAAUACGCCCAUGGCAUUACCCCGCCUCUCCGUUGGGUGCGCAAGAGACGGUUCCGGAAGCGCAUUAGCAACAGAACUAUUGAGGCGGUCGAGCUGGAGGUGGCGCGCUUACUCAAGGAGGAUAUGGCAGCUGAGAGCCCCCCUGAAUUCGAGAUAAUGGAUUACACGCAGUAUAUGAGGGAAACCAGUGCUAUGAGUGACGAUGGCGCGAGGUAUGGUUUGACAGGCCAGGAGUAUGAUGAUGAGCAAGAUGCAGAAGGGGAAGUAGACGAGUAUGGCAUGGAUGGCUAUACUCAGCCCUCGGCACAGGAAGAAGCUGCCGACUACUUCGAAGAUGAGCUUGCUGCCGAGAUGGAAGCAGCACUUGCAGCUCAUGCCGAUGGCGGUUCUACUCCCGGCCCAGCCUCCACCUCCGCAACUGCGAGAGAUACCCAAAACAAUAUGUCUACCCCCACUCAAGCCACAGUGCCGAUAACAAAAAUGGGACCCGAAAGCCAUACGGAGGGCGAAGUCGAUGUUUACGUCGACGCCAGCACACCCAACUCCAAGCCCCAAACGCCAGCUGAAACAUCCGGGGACGAGGACGAAGAUGACGAAAGCGAGGAUGGCUCUUCAGGUGACGAGGCUAACGAAGCUGACCUAGACGAAGACGCUCUAGAGCAGCAACGACAACUAGAGCAGCAGCGGGAGGAGAUUGCCGAGCUGGAGGUGCUGGUGCAGACUGAGACGCUCAAGUGGGAGAGUAUGGCGAAUCCGAUAUUGAAAUCAAAGCUUGGCAAACGAGUGCAGAGUCUGAAGCAGGCGUUGGAAUUGAAGAAGGUUUCAUUCGGGGAGGGCGACGAGGAUGGGUAG